AUGGAACCCAAGGUGCGGGUUUAUGGAAGACUUAUGGAAGACUCCUGUUUAGACUUUCAGCCACCAUUCAAGCCAACGACACACCUAGAGUUUUGCAGCCAUUACGAUACAUUCGGAUGCUGUGAUCAAGAUGCUGACAGUACCAUUGCGGAGAGUGGUUGCGCAAGGACCCAUGGGACGGAAUGUUCCCCUUAUGCAGCCCACCUGUUUGAUGCAGAGGACCCCUACACCCCAGUGCGGGAGUUUCCAGGCCUUUGCUUCUCCUAUUGCCAUGAUUUCCACACCAAGUGUGGCUUCUUCGUGAAGUACAUGACAGACAACAGUGUUCUUCAGGAGGCAUCGGACAAGGGCAGCAUCACCUUCUGCAGUCUUACUGAACUAUCUGACAGGGAUUACUGUUAUCCCAAUGUGCUCCAAAACAACUACCUCUCCAACAAACUUGGCAAAGUGAAGGAGGAUCCCAUGGGCUGUGUCCAGCUGUGCCUGACAGAGGUGGCCAAUGGACUGCGAAACCCGGUGCUGAUGCUCCACAGUGGAGAUGACACCCACCGCAUGUUCGUGGCUGAACAGGUGGGCUUCGUGUGGGUGUACCUGAGGGACGGCAGUCGCAUGGAACAGCCCUUCCUGGACCUGAGCGGCGAGGUGCUGACCACCCCCCGGCUCGGGGACGAGAGAGGCUUCCUGGGCCUAGCUCUCCAUCCACGUUACCGUGCCAACGGACGCUUCUUCAUCUACUAUUCCAUCCUGGUGCAGGGCAGCCUGGAGAAGGUCCGCAUCAGCGAGAUGAAGACGUCCGCCCACGACAUGAACAGAGCCGACCACAACUCUGAGAGGGUCAUUCUGGAGAUAGAGGAGCCAGCUGCAAACCACAAUGGUGGGCAGCUGAUGUUUGGCCUUGAUGGAUACCUGUACAUUUUCACAGGAGAUGGCGGAAAGGCAGGGGAUCCUUUCGGGAAAUUUGGAAAUGCUCAAAAUAAGAGCGCUCUGCUUGGGAAAGUUUUGCGCAUAGACAUAGAUGGCAGCAGCCUCGACAGAACUCCAUAUAGGAUCCCGCCUGAUAACCCUUUCAUCGGAGAGAAGGACACGCGGCCAGAGGUGUAUGCCUACGGUGUCAGGAACAUGUGGCGCUGCUCAGUGGACCGAGGCGACCCCGUCACCCACUACGGCAGGGGCAGAAUCAUCUGUGGCGACGUGGGCCAAAACCGUUAUGAAGAGGUGGACAUCAUCGUGAAGGGAGGCAACUACGGAUGGAGGGCCAAGGAAGGCUUUGAGUGCUUUGAUAUUAAGCAGUGUUAUAACUCCUCGAUGAAGGAUAUCCCUCCAAUAUUUGCUUAUGGGCACCACAUUGGAAAAUCCAUAACAGGGGGUUAUGUGUACAGGGGAUGUGAGUGGCCCAAUCUCAAUGGCCUUUAUAUCUUUGGAGACUUCAUGAGUGGUCGGUUGAUGGCCUUACAAGAGGAUAAGGUCACUGGGACCUGGAAGGAGAAGAGCAUAUGUAUGGGAGACACAGCCACCUGCUCGUUUCCAGGACUCAUCAACCACCAUCAUAAGUUCAUUAUCUCUUUUGCAGAAGAUGAAGCAGGUGAACUGUAUUUCCUGGCCACCUCAUAUCCAAGUGCUAUGUCUCCUUUUGGAACGAUAUACAAGUUUAUGGAUCCCUCCAGGAGAGCAGCUCCAGGGAAAUGUAAAUACAAGCCACUUCCUGUGAAAGUCAGAGGCAAAAAAGUUCCUUUUGUUCCAAGAGAAUUGACUGUACUGAAAGCUAGAGACAUUUACAACCAAAUCACCUGGGACAACUGAACUUGAAAUCACUACACAUACUGAGAGUAAUAUUGCUCCAAUAACUAAGAACAAAACAAAUGUACUGCCUAUAAGAAAGUCCACUUUUAUAACAGCUUCCUCAAAUGCAACAGUUACAAACCAAACACUCUCUAAGCGAAAGACUGCAGGAACUCCACAGAAAACGUUGAAGACAUUUACAACCAAAGCACCUGUGACAACUGAACUUAUAACCACUCCACGUACUGAAAGUCAUAUUGCUCCAAUAACUAAAAACAAAACUGCUUCAUUUCCUAUAAGAAAGUCCACUUUACCAGCAACUUCCUCGAAAGCAAGAGCUACAAACCAAACACUCUCCAAGCAAAAGACUACAGGAACUCCACAGAAAAAGCUGACGACAUUUACAACCAAAGCACCUGUGACAAGUCAGUCUGAAACCACUGCAUGUCCUGAAAGUAAUAUUGCUCCAAUAACUAAGAACAAAUCUACCUCACUCCCUGUAAGUAAGUCAACUUCCCUAGCUACCUCCUCAAAAGCAAAUUCUUUGAACCAAACACUCUCCAAGCAGAAGCCUCAAAGACAAGUGAAGAAGAUCACUCAGAUGAAGGCAAAGACAGGAGUCAGAUAUCCCAAAGCAGAAUUUCCCACACCAGACCUGAAAGUUGCACUUAAGAUCAAUUUACUGAACAAGAAAAAGGCUACAAAAAAGAGACCUAACAAACAACCAUCAAGGCAGAGGGUGGAGAAAUCAAAAAUGACCAAACGGGUUGAAAAAGGAACAAUGAAAUCAGUUAAAAUAAAAACCAGCAAAGCUCAAGCCAACACAAAAAAGAAAAAAGGAUAAUGAUAUUACGAUUAAGUUGAAUUUAAACUGAUGUUGUAUGUCUAGGUCCGUUUGUGCCCAGCAUAUGUGACGACCUCACAU